AUGACGUCAGCGUCGGCAACGGUGACGUCAGCGGACCCGGAGGUUGCCGGCGCGUCUAUGGCGUCAAUGUCCUCGGGAGCCGGACGCGCGCGCGCGAAGGGAGCCGCGGCCGCCGCAAACCCCCAGGAUCCGUUGGCUCCGUCUCCGGCCGUCUCCGCUAGCUCUAGCACGGUGAGCGGAACGCAGGGUCCCUCGCUUUCGCGCCGCGCGCCCGGCACCGAAUUCUUCAAGGUCGCGCUCGAGACGCCCCCGCGCGCGCGCGUGCUGACGUUUGACGGAAUCGACAACCUGGAUUCACGGACGGCUGGGACGGGCAACUAUACGAACACCAACCCCAACGUGGAGCCGUCCGAUGGAGGGCUGUGCGCGGGCAACGGAUUUGUGGUCCAGAUCGUUAACAACGCGCUCGUCGUCUUCGAUUCCGCUUCCGGCAUCCAGCUGACCGUUCCGGUGGCGAUCAACCAGCUCUGGCAGGUGGCCCCGUACUUCCCCAGCCCGACCACGUUCGGCGCGUAUAUGACCGACCCGCGCUGCGUUUUCGACCGGGACACCGGGCGCUUCUUCCUGUCGGCGGUGUUCAUCAACCGGAACGAAACGACCGGGGAUUUCAUCGCCCCGAGCGCCACCCUAUUUGCUGUCACCGCGAGCGGCGACCCGCGCGCGCACUACGCGCUUUACCGGCUGCCAACCACGAAUGACGGCACCGAAGGGACGCCCAAUCUCGCGCCCACCUGCCCCUGCUCCCUGGACGAGCCCAAGCUCGCCGUCAGUGCGGACGCCUUGAUUGUAAACGGACUGGUUUUCACGCUCUUCACGGGGGAGCUCGUAUCUCAGGACGUAUACGCUAUGUCGAAGUUUGCGCUGGCGGCUGGGGACGCGUCCGUCCCGACUGCGGCAUACGUCAACAGCACGGCGACGCGCGUCGAGGGGAACGUGAGUUUCAUCAACGUGGCACGUGUGUCCCCCGACGAGCAGUUCCCAACCGAGGCCGGAGGCGUCGUUUAUUUCGUCAGCGAUACGGAUUUCACCUGCAGCGGCGUUCCCGUCCGCCAGCUGGCACUCUUCGCGCUCGUCAACACGCGCGCGCUGCGGGAGAGAAACCCGGACGUCCGCAAACUGGAACUCGUCCAGACCCUUGUUGACUCCUUGAUCGAGUACAACAACUGUGAGAUCGGCCUGAGCCCCUUCGGCGGCCUCCCGGUGACUCAGAAGAGCGGACUCCGGGUGCUCAACACCACGGCGCCCCUCGAGCUGCUGUCCAGCAACGACGACUCCGUAAGAGAACCGGUCUUCGCGCACGGAAACCUCUUCGUCGGGCUCAACGACAUAGUCCCCGGGGAUUCCAACCGGCCGCCCACCGUGGGCAUCGCCUUCUUCCUCAUCAAGCCCAGCGUCACCCCCGGGGAAAACGGCCGCCCGGCAGAGGUUACGGGACCAGUUUUCAAGGCCGGCGUGAUCGCGGUUGAAAACAGGCGAGUCGCUGAGCAUUCCGUUUCGGUGUCCUCAAUGGGUCCGGCGUGGUUGGCUUCACCCUCUCGGGCCCCGACUUGCUCGGAAGAAGCGGUCGGCAGCGAACCCGUUCUGGCAAUGCGGACACAGAAAAUCGAAGCGGACCUGGAAAACCUGCGGCGAGAAUUGUCCGCACUGCAGGCGAGCGUUGCGGACGUCCGGAACGAGUCGGAAGAGAGCGUCAAAGUGUGCAAGGAAGAAGCUUCAAGCGUCAGAAACGAAACGGAAAAUCUGAGAGGCCUUGUCAGCCGCCAGAGAGACGUCGCGAAGCAGGUGGAAGGGCUGCGACAAGAGCUGGAACAGGGCCUCGCCGGCAGCGACGCUAGAGUCAGCAAAGUAGAGCGGGAUAUGCGAGCGAGCGAACGCGCGCUCGCGCAGAAGCUCGCGCUUGUCAGGGGCGCGAACGGGGAACGCUUAGACGAUCUCGAGGAGCGGCUGCCGAGCCCCGCGGCGGAGAAAGCGGAAGCGGUGGCGUGCGCUUCGAAGCGGACGGAGGACCAGCUGGCGCGCGUGGAGGAGCGGAUUGGAUUGAUGCUGGGGCUGGUUUCAAAAGGGGGCCAAGGUACGUUCUUCCUUCUUGAACCCCUUUCCCAGCGUGGCCUACGUCAGCUUUGA